AUCCAUAUUCCUGCUCCCAAAGCAGGUGGUGGUGGUCCCAGCCUCGCUCGCGUCCAUUCUUUUCCGGGCAUCGCCGUGCACCUCGCCACCACGCCGUCGCCGCCGGGCGCCGGGCCUAUUUAUACCACUGCUCGCCCUCGCCAUUCCUCAUCACAAGCGAAGCAGAGCGCAAGAAGCACUACACCUUCCUCAGCACCAGUUCCUGCUUCCCUUCUCGUGAUCAACAAGAUCAUCAGCAUGUCUUGCUGCAACGGCAACUGCGGGUGCGGCUCCGGCUGCAAGUGCGGCAAUGGAUGCGGCGGCUGCAACAUGUUCCCUGACGUGGAGGCCACCUCCACCACCACCACCACCAUGGUCAUCGCCGCCGCCACCAACAAGGCGAGCUCCGGCGGGUUCGAGGCCGCCAUGGAGAGCGGCGGCUGUGACUGCAACACCUGCAAGUGCGGCACCAGCUGCGGCUGCUCCUGCUGCAGCUGCAACUGAGGCGCGGCCGCCAUGGAGCACGAUCGAGGAGGAAGGAGAACCCCCCAGAACGUAUUAUAUAGUAGCAGGCCAGCGUCUAAAUAAGAUCUUGCCGACUGAAAAUUGUGGUUAAUUGAACACUGCUGUAUCAAGGAAAUUAUAUGUGCCUGCCUAUUGGGGGAAAAGUUACAUGCCCAAUUGAAAUGAAAACGUAAUUACAGUUUGGCUAA